AUGUUGUUAAUUAAAAAUCAAAUAACGGGAAUAGACAGAUACUCUAUAGAAUCUGAAGAGCCAUUAUUGACUAGUCAUGAAGAUCAUCAAUUUAAUAUUAAUAACAACAUACAAAUUGCCGAAAGAGUAGUUGAUGUUAAAGGUUCAAGCUUUGCUGCUUAUAUACACGCUACUUGUGUAGUAGCAGGGACAGGAAUCUUAGGAUUGCCAUAUGCUCUUAAGCAAGGAGGAGAAUCACGUCUCGACACGUAUCAAGACAUUGGCUAUCAUGCAUAUGGUAAAUUUGGUAAAUACAUAUUAGUGGGUAUAUUCAACAAUGCGAUACUAGUCGGCGUUCCUAUUUUAUAUUUUAUACUGGCUGCUCAAAAUUUCGAUGCUUUAAGUGACAAUUUGGGGCUUCAUUUGGGAUUUCGAGUAUGGACAUGUAUCUGUGCAUCAUUAGUUGCAAUACCAUUUAUAUUAACUAAAACAUUAAAAGAAGUAUUGAUAUUAAGCAUAUUUGGCUCUUUUGCUACGUUUUUUUGUGUCAUUGUUAUAGUUGUCCUUUCAUUUCAAGAUCUUUCUGAUGUUCGCAAUUUACCGGAUCCACCUUCUCACGACUUUGUUGUAUUUUCUCAAUUUCCAAUUGCUUUGGCUACAAUAUCUUUUUCCUUUGGCGGUAAUAAUGUUUUCCCACACAUCGAAGAAAACAUGGAAAAACCAAAAAACUGGAAUAAAGUGGCUAUUGCUACCAUGAGUACAUGUGCUCUAAUGUAUAGUUUAGUUGCAUUUUCAGGAUAUUAUGUAUAUGGAGAUCUUACUACAAGUCCUAUUCUUAAUAACUUACCAAAGGGGUUGCCAUUGGAAUUAGCAUUGAUUUUUAUCACUAUCCAUGUACUUUUAACUGCGCCAAUUAUCAUGACUUCGUUUGCAUAUGAUACCGAGAAAUCCUUAAAGAUCACAACAGAAUAUCAUUCACCUUUGAUGGAAUUCUUUCUUCGAGCAGGAUUUCGUGCAUUCGCAAACUGUUUAUUGGUAUUUGUAUUACCCGUAGUAUUUUAUGUUAGAUUGUUUGGGUGGAAUAGUAUGACUAUUUGGGAAAUGAUUUUAAAUUUAUUUGUGAUACUGGUGGGUUUAAUUGGUUGUGUUGUGGGUACUGUGGACGCCAUUUCUUCUUUGCUAAAAGAUUUUAAUGAAAAUUAA